UGCCGUCCACACCAGGGCGCAGUCAGUGGAGCUCAGUGCUCAGCAGGAGGAGGCUGCAGGUACUCGCAGACACAUCAAAAACAUACCAAACCUCGAAAAACAAACAAAAAGACAUUUCCACUCUACUCUGAAAGGAUAUUACGUUGUUUUUUCUAUUUUUUUCUUUAACCCCAGCGGCACAGCGCGCUUGAUUCCUGGUCUGUUCUUGAUUUUAGUGGAAUGUAUGUCGACGCGUAACAGAACAGAAAUGACCGACUCCGUGAAAGUUUAUGUUUUUAUAUGUUUGCAAACUUAAAUAGCCCGGCGCGAUGGCUCUUUUGCUUGAGUCGAUGCAGGAUGUCAGUGUAGAGCUCCAGCGCCGGCAGACUGGGCAGUGAGCGGCAGAACACUGGUGCGCCUCGCUCGGUUUUACGCGCAAACCAAAGGAGCGACCAGGCGAGGGACUUACCUGGAAUCCAACCGAGGAAAUGGAAAUUAAACGAUAUUGGAAUAACGCUGGACAGUGAAAACUAUCAUGCCUUAAUAGCAGCAUCUCCCGGACAGACAGAGCAUUUGGAAACACCUGGUGUGCGAGGGGGACAGCAUGACCCGAUGAAGUAUGAUAUCCUUUUGUAAAAGAAAGAAAAGCUCCAAAGUUUUACCCAGGCUGGGAGAAGAUAACAAGGAACCUACCUCAACUGCCAAGGAGGUUGUGAUGGUGAGGAUGAGUUCUGAGCCCAGGGCUUUGCAACGGUGUGAAGAUGGAGUCCUGACCCCAGGUGGCUCUUCCACCUUAUAAUCCUCACCCGAUUCACUGUUGUCUGUUUCUGUUGGUGUGGGAGUGAAAGACGAGGAGGCCGUGAUUAGCGGGCCGAGCCCCACGAGUGAACCUAUGGCAGAGAGACAGCUCAGUACAGGUUCCUGUGUAUGACUCUAUCAUGGACCACAUCAUCUGUUGCCUGCUGGUCCUGGGAACCACAGUGAUGAUCGCUCAUGCGUGCCCCAAGUACUGUGUAUGCCAGAAUCUGUCCGAGUCCCUGGGGACCCUGUGUCCCUCCAAAGGCCUUCUUUUCGUGCCUCCAGACAUUGAUCGCAGCACCGUGGAGCUCCGGCUGGGGGGAAACUACAUCCUCCGUAUCACCCAGCAGGACUUUGCUAACAUGACUGACCUGGUAGACCUGACCCUCUCUAGGAACACCAUCAGCUACAUCCAGCCCUUCUCCUUUGGUGACCUGGAGACGCUGCGCUCUCUCCACUUGGACAACAACCGUCUUACAGAGCUCGGCCCGGAUGAUUUGCGAGGCCUGGUCAACCUGCAGCACCUCAUCGUCAAUAACAACCAGCUGGGACGCAUCCACGACAAAGCCUUCGAGGACCUGGCCCCUGCCUUGGAGGACCUGGACCUCUCCUACAACAACCUGAUGUCUCUGCCAUGGGAUUCAGUACGCCAGAUGAUCAACCUGCACCAGCUCAGCCUGGACCACAAUCUGCUGGAUUUCAUUCCGGAGGGGACUUUUACUGACCUGGAGAGGCUUGCGAGGCUGGACCUAACUUCCAACCGCCUGCAGAAGCUACCCCCCGAUCCAAUCUUCGCCCGCGCCCAAGACUCGAUGAUCCUGACCACGCCGUACACCCCUCAACUGUCCCUAAGCCUUGGUGGAAACCCAUUGCACUGCAACUGUGAGAUGUUGUGGCUGCGGAGGCUGGAAAGAGACGACGACCUGGAGACCUGCGCCUCCCCUCCCGCCUUGAAGGGCCGUUACUUUUGGUACGUCAAGGAGGAGGAGUUUGUGUGCCAGCCUCCUCUCAUCACUCAGCACACCCACAGGAUGCUCGUCUUGGAGGGGCAGACCGCCAGCCUGAGGUGCGAGGCGAUCGGAGACCCCAACCCCACCAUCCACUGGAUCUCCCCUGACGACCGUCUCCUAGGCAACUCCUCCCGCACUGCAGUCUACAGCAACGGAACCCUGAGCAUCACGAUCACCACCUCCAAGGAUUAUGGCACCUUCACCUGCAUCGCUGCCAAUGUAGCUGGGGAAUCCACCGCCUCCGUUGAAGUGUCCAUCGUGCAGCUGCCCCACCUCAGCAACGGCACCGGGCAGCCGGCCCAGCCCAAGUCCCGCCUCUCUGACAUCACGGGCACCACUAGAAUCAGCAAGGGGGCUCCCAAGAGCCAACCGGAGAGGGCUGUGUCUGUGUCCGAGGUGACUGCCGUGUCAGCGUUGGUCAAGUGGUCGGUGAGCAAGUCGGCGCCCAAAGUGAAGAUGUACCAGCUUCAGUACAACUGCUCUGAUGACGAGGUUCUGAUCUACAGGAUGAUCCCGGCCUCCAGCAAAGCCUUCCUGGUGACAAACCUGGUGUCCGGGACCCGCUACGAUCUGUGUGUGCUGGCCGCCUGGGACGACACCGCCACCACCCUGACUGCCACCAACGUGGUGGGCUGCACCGAGUUCUUCACGCAGGAUGACUACCCUCAGUGCCAGUCUCUGCCCAGCCAGCUGCUGGGCGGCACCAUGAUCCUGGUGGUGGGGGGCAUCAUCGUGGCCACGCUGCUCGUCUUCAUCGUCAUCCUCAUGGUGCGUUACAAGGCCGGGGAUAACGAGCCCCCUGUGGGGAAGCUGACCAGUGUCAGCGACACCCACUCUCAGACCAACGGGGGCCGGCUCGGGCAGAACGGCGUGCUCAUGCCUCAGCCCCAGCCGCAGCCCCAGCCUCCGUCUAAAGUCAAGGCCAAAGUGACGCUGCAGAACGAGGUGGUGGAGUUCAAGUGCGGCUCCCUCCAGAGCAGCCUCACCUCUUCCUCCUCCUCCUCAGGCUCAAUGGCCGCGGACUCGUACAGCCCGAACAGCGCACUCGCCAACAUUUGGAGGUCGGCGCCCUCCAAGCCCCGGCCCAACCUGGACCACCUUCUCGGGGCCUUCACCUCACUGGAGCUGCGGGGGGCGCAGGGCCGGGACCCGACACCCUCCAGCAGCACGGCAGUGAUGGCGGCGAAGCCCCUCACAGACCGGGAGCCUCUGCUGGGCCGGACGCUGGACUCUCGGCUCAGCCGGCUCCUCAUGCUACCUCUGGACUCCAAGCCAAAGAGGAGCCAGUCGUUCGACAUGGGAGACGUAACGGGGGCCAGCGCCGCUCAGCUGUGCAGCUACCCGCGCAGGAUCAGCAGCAUCUGGACUAAGAGGAGCCUGUCAGUAAAUGGGAUGCUGCUGCAGUGCGAUGAGGAGGGGGACACAGGGGGGAGCAAGGGGACGAUAGACAGUGCCGACUGGGUGAUGGAGAGUACUGUCUAGGAGAAAUUAGAACUAUCACACUCUGUCAAACACUGCCCAAAUGGAUGGCGAGCAGCAAUGCCAAGACAGACCUACUGGUCAAACAGCCUUCCUUCUGUGUUCUGCUUGAAAUUCAUUCAUGUUCAUCUCUUGUUGUUGGUGAGAAAGUCACACCAGAGCGGUCACUGCUGUACAAAGCACAAUCUGUGAGGGAGCAGAUGAGUUCAGCAAGACAGGACAUGGAGGAUUCACAAUAAUAGCCAAAUACAGACAAUAGGAAUAAAACCUUUGGAUUGUUUUGCCUCACAAUAUGUACAUAAACGGAUGCGGUCUUGUUGUAAGAAAAACUACAACAGAUGAAGAACAAAGGAAAUCACAGAAUGAUGCACUCUAUUACAUUUUGCGGCCAUGCCCUUGGACUGCUAUUGUACUGUGUAAAUUCAAAAUAUGUAAUGAAAUUAAAGUUUUAUAUUUUUUAUUUUGCUGGUCACAUAUUGUCCAUUAACUGGUCUGCCCCCCUGCAUAAGGGCAGGACACAGCCAGUACUUACAGUGUAAAAUCUUAAUAUGAACCAAUCGUCAUUUCACAUAUCCACAGAUCCGGUUUAACCUUAUCUGACUGAAUGGUGCAGUAUACAUAGAUGUGAUGCUAUGAUUCUUAAAAAUGUAAGAAAAAGAUUUAUUGACAAAAGGUGUAUGUGAACAUAUUUACUUUCUAUACAGAGUAUAUAUUUGGGGGUUCACUGAGUAAUUCUGUAAGCUGUCCAUAUCAGAUUUUAUGUGAUUGCAUAGAUUAUUAAACCAAUCAUCCCCUAAACCAUGGAUGUAUGUGAAGACUCAAUAAAAUGUUAAUUGUUUAAGAAAAACUGUUUGACAAAAAAAGAAAAAAAAAAAAAAAGCCAAAUUAUCGAGAAGGCAGCCGGUGCAAUGGGAAUGAUUAAAACUAGGCCUGUUUUAUCUUGUUCCUUAGGUUUCUUAGGCCUUAGCAAAAUAUUUUAUAUGGUUUUUAUGGUUAUCAAUUGAAAAAAAAAUCCUCUUCUUUAAACACUAUAUAUACAUAUAUAUAAAUAUAUAUCCAUUCUUUGGGGGAAAAAUAGCUUAUGUUCAUUGUUCAGUAUCUCUAAAAGUAAAAAGUUUUCUCAUUCUGUCAACUCAAGAUCUAACUUACCUGCCAUUCUUUAAAAAAAAAAAAAAAACACACACAAAAAAAAACGAACAAGUAUCAGAAUUUGUUUUGAGAUUGUGCUAUCAAUCAUUUUGUAAGAAUAGGUGUCACUAUAUUUUUUUUUUUUUCAAAAGGUGGAUAUCACAUUUUUUUAAACAAAACCCAUGAAGCGAUGUACUAUAUUGGAUUCCCAGCGACUGUGUCACACGAGUCGGGGGGGAGACGCCGGUCUAGUAACUUCCAGCUAAUCCUCCGAAAAAAAAAACAAAAACCCAUUGCACAUGACAGAAGGUUUACGUUCGACAACGUUCAA